CUCGAAAGUCAGCUGCAUUUCCCUGUGAAUUUCAAUUUCAAUUUUCUUGCAUCUCUUCCGCUUGUAAAAGAAAAACAAAAAAAGAGACUCGAAAGUCGAAAGUGAGAGGGAGAGAGAAAAGCACGCGACGCAAGCGAAACUCUCUCGCAUCUGCUUAUUUGUCUCCCCUCUCUUCUUUCUUUUCUGCUUCUGCUUAACCCUAUCGAAAGCGAGCAAGCAAAGCCUUUGUCUGGUUGCUCGAUGUAAGCAGAGAGCUUCCUGUUCUUUGCUUACUGCAGUCAAAAGUUCGGAACUUGAAACGUGGGAUUUCCUCCCAUCCUCUCUGACUAUGGCGGAGAAGAAGCUCGAGGAGCAGCUGAAGGAAGUAGGAUCGAAGCUCGAGCCUCUUCCUUCUUCCAAGGAUGCGCUGGUUAAGCUCUUGAAGCAAGCUGCUUCAUGUCUUUCUGAGAUGGAUCAAUCACCAUCCCCUACAAUGUUGGAGUCCAUGCAGCCAUUUCUUACUGCAAUUGUGAAGUCAGAACUGCUGAAGCAUCAAGAUAGGGAUGUAAAGCUUCUAGUUGCAACCUGCAUUUGUGAAAUAACCCGGAUCACUGCACCUGUUGCUCCAUACAGUGAUGACAUUCUAAAGGAUAUAUUUCACUUGAUAGUGAGCACCUUUAGUGGCUUAAGUGAUACUGCUGGUGGUCCAUCAUUUGGGAGGAGAGUUGUCAUUUUGGACACUGUUGCCAAAUACCGGUCCUUUGUUGUGAUGUUGGAUCUUGAAUGUGAUGAUCUCAUCAAAAAGAUGUUCGCAACAUUUCUUGCUGUCGCCAGGGAUGACCAUCAAGAAAAUGUGCUUUCAUCUAUGCAAACAAUCAUGGUCGUUCUGAUAGAAGAAAGUGAAGAAGUUAAAGAGGAUCUGUUACUUGUAAUAUUAUCAGUUCUGGGACGUAAUAAAAGUGAUGUUUCUAAAGCUGCAAGAAGGCUUGCCAUGAAUAUCAUAGAGAAGUGUGCGGUAAAACUUGAAUCUGGUAUGAAACAGGUCCUGGUAUCAUUAAUGUCUGGAGAUAACAGGCUUUCAGAUACUCAAAUUGACUACCAUGAAGUUGUCUAUGAUAUCUACUGUACUGCCCCUCAGACAUUGUCAGGAGUUGUCCCUUACCUCACAGGAGAGUUGUUGAACGAUCAACUAGACACUCGUUUGAAAGCACUGGGGCUUGUUGGAGGUCUGUUUUCCUUGCCAGGGUCUACAAUCACUGAAACGUUUCAGCCAAUCUUUCUGGAAUUCUUGAAAAGGUUGACUGAUAGGGUAGUUGAAGUUAGAAUGUCUGUCCUCGAGCAUGUAAAAGGCUGUCUACUUUCAAACCCUCUUCGUGCAGAGGCCCCUCAAAUUAUAUCUGCCCUAUGUGACCGAUUACUGGACUAUGAUGAGAAUGUUAGAAAGCAAGUGGUUGAGGUGAUCUGUGACGUGGCUUGUCAUGCCCCGGGUUCUGUUCCUGCUGAAACUAUGAAGCUUGUCGCUGAUCGUCUUCGGGACAAAUCUCUUACUGUUAAAAGAUGUACUAUGGAGAGGUUAGCUGAAUUCUUCAAGGUUUAUCGUACGAAAUCUCCAGAUUGCUCCAUCAAUUACAAUGAAUAUGAAUGGGUUCCUGGGAAGAUUUUGAGAUGCUUUUAUGAUAAAGAUUUCAGAUCAGAUGCAAUUGAGUACGUUCUCUCUGUUUCUUUAUUUCCAAGUGAACUCUCUACAAAAGAUAGAGUUAUGCUGUGGGUGAGAAUCUUCUGUACCUUUGACAAAGUUGAGGUGAAAGCUCUUGAGAAAUUAAUGGAGCAAAAGCUAAGGUUACAGCAAGAGAUGCAGAGGUACAUCUCUCUUAGGCCGAUGCAUCAGGAAGGUGAUGCACCAGAGAUCCAAAAGAAAAAACUGCUCUGCUUCCGGAUUAUGUCCCGCUCCUUUCCUGACCCUGCUAAGGCUGAGGAGAACUUUUUGAUACUUGAUCAACUGAAAGAUGCAAAUAUCUGGAAGAUUUUAUCAUCUCUGCUUGAUGUAAAUACUAGCUUCCAACAAGCUUGCACUAGUCGGGAUGACAUGCUAAAAAUACUUGGCGAGAAGCAUGGGCUUUAUGAUUUUCUGAGCAGCCUGUCUGUGAAGUGUUCAUAUUUACUAUUCAAUAAGGAGCAUGUUAAAGAAAUUAUUUUGGAGGCUGGAGCACAUAAGUCUGCGGGGAACACAGAACUCACUCGCUCGUGCAUGGAUAUAUUGGUGAUUCUUGCACGUUAUGGGCCAUUGCUAUUUGGGGGUGCUGAAGAAGAAUUGAUAAGUUGCUUAAAGGAUGAAAAUGAAAUAAUCAAAGAAGGUGCAUUACAUGUUUUGUCUAAGGCUGGUGGCACCAUCAGAGAACAACUCGCAGCGUCAUCAAGUUCUAUUGACCUCAUAUUGGAAAAGCUGUGCCUUGAAGGCAGUCGAAGGCAAGCCAAGUACGCGGUGCAUGCACUUGCUGCAAUAACAAAGGAUGAUGGGCUCAAGUCCCUCUCUGUUCUGUACAAGAAGCUCGUUGGUAUGCUAGAAGAGAGGAUAAAUUUGCCUGCUGUUCUCCAGUCUCUGGGAUGCAUAGCGCAAACGGCCAUGGCAGUUUUUGAAACUAGAGAGGCCGAAAUUCAAGAAUUUGUGAAAAGCAAGAUUCUGAAUUACAAAAGUGCUUCCCCGUUGCCGCCACCAGGAGGUAAUGCAAAAGUUUGUUGGGAUGAUGUAACUGAAGCUAGCUUAUUGAAGAUAUAUGGACUCAAAGUUUUUGUCAAAAGCCACUUGCCUGUUAAAGAUUGGCACCUUCGUCCUGGUAUUGAAGACCUUCUAGGAACAGUGAGGAACUUACUGCGACAUGGCGAAACAUCCCAGGAAAUAGGAUCAAGUUUGGUCGAUCAGGAACAUCUGAGGCUUGCGGCUGCAAAGGCAGUUCUUCGUCUGUCGAAGCACUGGGAUCAUAAGAUUCCUACUGAUAUAUUUCACUUGACAUUGAGAGUAGCCGAGAGUGCUUUUCCAGAAGCUAGGAAAAUAUUUCUCAGCAAAGUUCAUCAAUAUAUAAAGGAUCGCCUUGUUGAUGCAAAGUAUGCUUGUGCGUUCUUGUUGAAUUCGGUAGAACCUGAGCAGCUUGAUUUUGAAGAGGAAAAGCAAAAUCUUGUUGAUAUUAUUCAGAUGCAUUACCAAGCAAAGGCACGCCAAAUGACCUUACAAAAUGAUGCAAGUCCCUUGACCGCGUUUCCUGAAUACAUUUUGCCACAUGUGGUCCAUUCACUUGCCCAUAUAUCAUGUCCUGAUGUAGAUGAAUGCAAAGAUGUUAAAGCGUUUGAGCCAAUAUACCGCCAACUAUACUUCUUUCUUUCCUUGCUCAUGCACAAAGAGGAAGAAGCCAAGUCAGAGACUGGGACCAAGGAGAAGGAGAGUGUUUCUGUGAUCGCCUCUUUGUUUAAGGCUAUUAAGAGCUCAGAAGAUCUUGUGGAUAUGGCAAAAACAAAGAAUUCACAUGCUGUUUGUGAACUUGGGUUGAUGAUCGUUAAGCGCUUAGCUCCAAAAGAGGAUGACUUACAUAUGUUUGCUUUGGCGGUUACCCUGCCUUCACUGCUGUACAAACCAUAUGAGAAGAAGGAAGAUGACUCCAAGGCAAAUGAAGAGAAGACAUGGUUGGCUGAUGAGAGUGUCAUAACUCAUUUUCAGUCACUUGAGUUAGAAACCAAUAAAACAAAACAGGUUCCACCCCCAACUACCCUUGGUGAGGAAGUUCAAAAAGACAGCAACAUAGAAGAAAAUGAAGAGCCACUUGGCGAGAUGUUAAAACAUUUGAAGGGCAAAGGUGCAAAAAGUGGGAGGUCUAAGAAAGGGAAGUCUUCAUCAGCUAAAACCAAAAGUGCAGUAAAUGAUUUUGAUAUUUUGAGUAUGGUACGGGAAAUAAAUGUGGAUGCGGUGGCACCAUCUGGAAAGUUUGAGUCAAGCAACGGUCAUGAGCAUGCUCCAAUUGAGAAGUCGAAAUCACCAUCAGAACAAAAAGUGGAGAAGAGAAAAGCACUUGAGGUAGAAUCUGUCCCAGUACCUAAGCGCCGAAGGUCAGCGGCUGUUAGAUUAUCCCAGAGUCCCAUGAAGACUCCUUCACGAGUUUUAGUGGAAGACUCGAGCCCUGAUGUUAAGAACAAAGUUUCUUUUCCAAGAAAGAUGGGUAAAAGUGGGGACUCUGACUUUUUGGUAUCGUGCAUUAGAAAGAGCAGAAAUUCGAUACCAAAGAAGGAAUUCAAAAAGGCUGAUAAGGAUGACAGCAGUAGCGAGCAUGAAGCUAAAGAUUCUGAUGAAGAAAAUCCGACGGUAAACUCUUUCUGUUGUUCCUCAAUAUGCAAAUAGGCAUGUGCUUUAUCUGAACGCUCUAUGCUGCUAUAUGGAUUUUAUGCAAUGUUAAUUUCUGCUGCAGAGCCCAAGCUAUCAUGUAAAGGCUGGUAAGAACAAGAAAGCGGAUAAUACAAAGUCUUUGACCGGAUCUGCGAAGAAUCGGAAAAGAAAAUGUUCUUCAGGAAUGACAAAGUCUGCAAAGAAGAAUGAUGAAAUGGACUUUGACGAAUUGAUUGGUCAUAGAAUAAAGAUCUGGUGGCCAAUGGAUAAGCAGUUCUAUACAGGCACGGUCAAGUCUUAUGACCCUUUAAAGGGGAAGAAUGUGAUUCUAUACGAUGAUGGUGAUAUCGAAGUUCUUCGUUUAGAUAGGGAGCGUUGGGAACUGAUUGAGAAGGGCCGAAAUGCCACAAAGAAGUUGAGUUCAUCUAAGCGUGCCCCUUCUAAGGAAGAGUCGCCCAGACUGAAGAAAAGGAGUAGAGGUGGUGCGCAGCAGAACAAGAAGAACUCCACAAAGAUAGCUAAGGGCAAAAGAACACCAAAGAAAAACUCCAAACGAGUCCUGAAAGAGCCAGAAGAGAGCGAGCAUUCUGAUGCAUCUGAGGCAGAACUUGCCCCGCCUUCUGAUGACGAAGAAACAAAAUCUGACGACUCUCGCGUUGAGCGCAAGGAAGAAAAAACACAGACUCUAACAGUGGACGAGGAAUCCGACGAAGAAAAUAUGUCAACUCCCCCCAUUAAACACUCGGAGGAUGAUGACGUGGAGAAUAAGUCCGAUCAUUCCGACAAUGCUGGAGAAGGAGCACAAAGUCCUGAAGUCAGAGAUUCUGGUGAUAUCAAAAGUGAAAAGCACGAAGAAGUGAAUGCUGAUGCUGGUGAGGAGGAAAGUGAGAAACGUGAAGUGGAGAAGAGUGAUUCUGACGUUGAAGGAUCUCAUUCAGAAGAGGAGAAGAAGGAAGAAGACCAAUCGGACGAAGGAGAGGAAUUAGAUUCAGAAGAGAAUGAAGAUUCUGGCCAUGUCGACAUGGAUCAAACCGAUCCAAAAAGUCCUGAGCUUUUGGAUGAUGAGCCUCUUAGCUUGUGGAAGGAUAAAGUUGGGAAGAAGUCGGCGUCAAAGCGAGCAAGCUGAAGCAGGAGAGGCAGGGACGGGUUAUUGACCUGAGCAGAAUGAACAGUUCGUACUUUGCUUCAGCAAUUUGGUUGGUUAUUGUACCUUAGCUGGUGGUGGUGGUGGUGUAGAUGGAGGAAGAAAAGAUUGGCAAUUGAAUGGAUGUAAAGAAGAGAGUAAUAAACUUCUUAGGGAGGUAUCAUCUAGUUGGGGACCUGUUUUAUCAGAUCAUAAGAAAACUGUAAAGUAAAAUUUACUGCAUUAGGGCAUCCCUCACCUAGCUUACAUAGAAAUUUUAGUGCCCUCUACCUCCUGUAAUUUACCUCAGGUUAGCCAGCUGUUUAGUCAAUCAUCCUCGUCGUUGUAGUCAUAGUUAGCAUGUUAUUGUUGUCGUUGUUGUUCUCAUCUUUGUUAAUGUGUUACUUAGCUUGUAAUUUUCUAACCCUGGCGCGUUGCUGUUGUUCAUGAAAGUGGUGAAUGGUUUAGUAUUUCUUGUAGUAGGUGCUUGACUUUGUACAGCAACAACAGUUGAGGGGGAUUGCCACAACCUCAGUACAUUGUUAUUAGUGUAAUAGUUUGUGUUUGAUUUAUGCAAGCCGCUGUAAGAGCGAGUGGAAUUUCUCAGUUUUGUGUAACAAGAGUCGGUUUUUGUUUGUCAUAAUUCGCGGCUGAAUCCAGAUGGUUCAUCGAGUUGCCAUUCGGGUG